CUCUUUAACAACCUGAAUUUUUCCAGUUCUUUGAUCAUAUGGCGUCUGCUUUUAGCGAUGUUUGACCUCUCUCCAUUCAUUGCGUACCGCCCUUUGCGACUAAUAAACGGCGGACGUAACUCAACAUUCCUUGUGGAGGUGAUCAAAGCCAGGCACUCUGAGUUACGAAGGAAUGCGUUGUGCGUCUUGAAAAUACACCAAGCAUCACCCCCCGAUGUCUCGUACCAGCAAGAAAGAACCGCCAAUAGCCUUUUGGCCAUGUCUUACACCGAUCCGCUGUUGACAGCUGCUGCAUCUUGUGAAGUAAUAUUGGCUCGCCCCUGCAGAAAGUCCAUCAAGACCAGAUAUCCCCAGUGCUUUGGUAGUGUCGAAGUACCAGUGGAGCUUCUUCAGGCAGCCAUGGAAGAGCGUGGAUGGGUUGAGCCGGGUAAUGGAAAAGAGAACCUUUUCCACGCGCUGUUAUUCGAAUACAUUCCCAAUCUUGAGCCUCUAAUGCCAAAGGAUGUCACGCCUGCCAUCGCCGCGGAGACGCACCUCGUUCUGAAAACAAUCCAUGCGAGUAACGUAUGUCACAAUGACCUCGAGAACUUUAGGAUACACCCCGAGAUUGGCUUCCGCAACAUCUUUAUACAGCAAUAUAGUAGGAAUGUUUAUAUAUUGGACUUCGAUGCUGCCAGGAUAGUUGAUUACUCUCCAGAAGGCCAGAAUCUCCUUGAUGAAGAAGCAAACAAACUAGAUGGACUAUUCCAAAUCAUUCUUUCAGGCGAGGAUCAGCGCAAGAGAUUCCCUAGAGAAGUGCUUCGGCUAAUGGCCGAGAGGCAGAUGCAACAGUAGGGAUGACUCAAAGUAGCUUGUGCUGGGGUUAAACAAUUCACUUGACCAAAUAUGAACAGAGUUCUACUUGUGUCAUCCAAUUUCGAUUGCUCUUUACUGUCUUGUAUCUACAAGCGCAAUACGAUUAAAAUAGAAUACUUCUCAUUAAACUCAUUGUAUCAUUAUGAUGCGAUUAGCCUCUGCAUUUGCAUAACGAAAUGGGAAAAAACCCUUGCCACAAACUGGGGGGAAAAACCCAUGACAAGGCCUUGCAGUAAAUCCCAGCCUUCAAGCUACCACGCACAAAAGUUGAUAUUUAGAGAUACUCCAUUAGCAGUCCAUGACCCUCCAUUUUUAUGUCCAUGGCAACCCAAAAUAUUAUUGUAUGCAUCCAUACAAACUUGUGCAUUCUCAAAAUUUCCAAUUUUUCCAAUACGGGCAACGUUGCC